UCGUCUCCCCACCACUGCCAUUCCAUCUCGCACGCGCUCUUCCCCUUCGUCCACACACACCUCGAACUCUUUCGUGGGGAACCCUGUGUUUUGGUUCCUGCAUUUCUAGGGAUAACCCGCGCCGUGAUCUCGUGCCCCCAACGUCAACCACGCCGUUACUUGUCUCAACCCUUUUAAAUUCGCUCCACGCGAUCACCACUCUUCUCCAUGACGAUGGUCAUUGAAAACCAGAACCGCCAAUACGGCGGGAUGGGCUUCGAUAAUGUGUAUCAACACAACAUGCAUCACCACAAUCCUCCGCAGUUCACCGAUCCAUGGGCCGCUCAGACUUCGUCCCAUUCCAACCCUCCCGUCUACGCGACUUCCAUGGGUCCCAGCCAAAUUGGCCUCAGCCAUGUUAAGCAGGAGGAAGUGAGCCGCCCGUCGAUGUCUCUGCCAUACUCGAGUAUUCCCGUCUCGGCUCCCUCCAUGGUCGCCGGCAGCAACUACUCCACCGCCACUGCUUCGAGUUACCCCGGACCGGAGAUGAUGGGAUUGUCGCACGACAUGCCACGCACUUCUUUUGACCAAGCCCCGGCGUACACUACCGCCUCGCCCAUGAGCAGCUUCGCGCCCGCCAGCUACGCCCCUCUCAGCUACGCUCCGCACAUGCACCACCAGGAUCGCCGGAUAUCUCAUGCUGAUGCUCGCGUCAGCCAGUCGCAACCCUCCUCUGCCCCAACAUUCGGAGACGCUCUUGAUGCUAGUCGUGGAAUGGUCGCGCUCAGUCAGGAUAUGACACCCCGCAACAUCUAUGGCCCUCGCAGCUCUCGCGGCUCCGGAGAUUCUUAUGGCUUCCCCUCGACACACUCGUCUGGAUCGUCAAUCUCGUCGGGUGGCAACUACCCAUACUACUCGGCCUCUGUCGCAUCCGUGGAAUCGUCUGUGACGGAUUACAGCUCGACCACAUCGGAAUCCUACGAAAAUGGCCACCUCUCGCGGACACUCCCCCGUCCGUCGAACCUGUUGACGGGAAGCGCUCCUCCCGGACCCCAGUCGAUGAUGAGUCAGUUCAGCUCCAAGAUGCCGUCCAACACGCAGAAGAAGCACAAGUGCAAGGUGUGCGACAAACGGUUCACCCGCCCGUCGUCUCUCCAGACUCAUAUGUACAGUCACACUGGUGAAAAACCAUUCGCAUGUGACGUGGAAGGCUGUGGCCGCCACUUCUCGGUCGUCUCUAACUUGCGGCGGCACAAGAAGGUCCACAAAGGAGAAAAGGAGGGCGCUUCAGGAGAAGAAGAGGAGUAAAUGAGCCACUCCUCUUUCUCCUGAAAUCCCACCCCUUAACGCCCCUCGAGCGGGGCGGAGGAAGUGCGAACCUGGAUCUUGAGACGCAUCGCACUACCUUGUGCGACGUCUCGCUCCUGAUCGGGUUCGCUCCCUUGUACAACAGCUUCGAUUCCUCUUCUGCUACUUCUCUUCUCUUUCCCGUCUCGGCCAGUGUGGCAGAGAAUUGAUACCCCAUUUCCAUUAUUUCCUUUGUUUUUCA